AUCGCCUCGGGACGGGGAUCGGCCCUCCCGCGCCUCUCCGGCCCUGCCGCCGACAGGCCCGGGGCCGCCUCUGUGGAACGGGGCCUGCGCCACCCCUCGCCCCGGGGCCGCCACGCGGAGAGGGGACCGGGGCCGGAGCCGCUCUCGGGGCUGACGCAGCUCUCGCACGGUUCGGCAUGGCGGCGAGCACCGGUGGCGGCGGGACGGCGGGCACCGGGGAGCCCGCCCACGCGGUGUCCCUGCUGCGGGGGCUGAGUGCGCUGCGAGCCGAGCGGAGCCUGCUCGACGUGACGGUGGUGGCCGGUGGCCGGGAGUUCGGAGCGCACCGUGCCGUCCUGGCCGCCGCCUCCGGUUACUUCCGCGCCAUGUUUGGCGGGGCACUGCGCGAGGCACAUGCGGAGCGCGUGCGGCUGCACGGCGUCGAGCCCGAGUGCCUGGCGCGCCUCCUCGACUUCGCCUACACUGGCCGCGUGGGCGGGCUGGGCCCCGAUAUCGCCGAGCGCCUGCUGCGCGCCGCAGACCUGCUGCAGUUCCCUGCUGUCAAGGAGGCCUGCGGUGCCUGGCUGGCGCGCCAGCUGGAGCCCGCCAAUGCCCUGGAAAUGCAGGACUUCGCCGAGGCCUUCGCCUGUCCAGAGCUGGCGGCUGCCGCUCACCGCUUCAUCCUCCGGCACGUGGGCGAGCUGGGUGCCCAGCUGGAGCGGCUGCCAUUGCCACGCCUGCUUUCCUACCUGCGGGAUGACGGGCUUUGCGUCCCCAAGGAGGAGGCUGCCUUCCAGCUGGCGCUGCGCUGGGUGCGCGCCGACCCCGCCGCCCGCGCCCCAUUGCUGCCCCAGCUCCUGGCCCACGUCCGCCUGCCCUUCGUGCGCCGCUUCUACCUGCUGGCCCACGUGGAGAGCGAGCCGCUUGUGGCCCGCUGCCCGCCCUGCCUGCGCCUCCUGCGCGAGGCCCGCGACUUCCAGGCCGCCCGCCUCGACCGCCACGACCGGGGACCCUGCGCCCGCAUGCGUCCGCGGCCCUCCACCGGCCUCGCUGAAAUCCUCGUCCUUGUCGGCGGCUGUGACCGUGACUGUGACGAGCUCGUCACCGUCGACUGCUACAACCCGCGCACCGGCCACUGGCGCUACCUGGCUGAGUUCCCUGAGCACCUCGGUGGGGGCUACAGCGUUGCCGCACUGGGCAACGACAUCUACGUUACCGGGGGGUCAGACGGCUCGAGGCUCUACGACUGUGUCUGGAGGUACAAUUCUAGCGUGAACGAGUGGACGGAGGUGUCGCCCAUGCUGAAAGCCAGAGAAUACCACAGCUCCACAGUCCUGGAUGGGCUGCUGUACAUCAUUGCCUCGGACAGCACGGAGCGCUACGACCACACAGUGGACAGCUGGGAGGCUCUGCAGCCCAUGCCAUACCCCAUGGACAACUGCUCCACCACCUCCUGCCGCGGCAAGCUCUUUGCCAUCGGCUCCCUUGCGGGCAAAGAGUCGAUGGUGAUGCAGUGCUACGAUCCCGACAGCGACCUCUGGUCCCUCGUCAGCUGCGGUCAGCUGCCCCCCUGGUCCUUCGCCCCAAAGACCGUCACCCUUAACGGCCUCAUGUACUUUAUACGAGACGACUCGGCUGAAGUGGAUGUUUACAAUCCAGCGAAGAAUGAGUGGGAUAAGAUCCCUGCCAUGCUUCAGGUUCACGUUGGGGGGAGCGUGGCUGCGCUAGGCGGGAAGCUCUAUGUCUCCGGUGGCUACGAUAACACGUUUGAACUCUCAGACGUCCUGGAAGCCUACGACCCCGAGACGCGAAUGUGGAGCGUGGUGGGCCGACUCCCUGAGCCCAUCUUCUGGCACGGCAGCGUCAGCAUAUUCCGACAGUUUAUGCCCGAAACAACACCGGAGGACGAUGGCAUCACGCUGGACAACACCAUCAGCUUGAACAGGCAGCACCAAAACCUUCACAACCAGAACCUGAACGAGCUUCGUUAGCGGGGGGCGGGGGGCACCGUCCCCCGCUGUUCCUUGUCCAGAGCCGGGGUUGCUUUGAGAGAUGGCGGAGGCAAACCGGUGCCUGGAAACAAAACUGUUUUAGUCACAGAGGAGGUGAGAACUGAACGCUGGACGUGCUCUUGCAGAGCUGCAGCUGGAAGAAAGCGCGGCCUCACUGCUAUGUUCUGAUGGGGUUUUUCUUGAAGUUGCAGCAUUUAAUUUUUUGCCGGUAUUUGUUCUCCAGCCUUUCCCAGCCAAGCACCUUUUCCUUCUAGGAAGAAACCCCUUAUUUAUCUUUUACCCGCAUUGUCACAUUUGAUCGUUUUCAUUUCUCACCGCCCUGGCUGCUUCCAGAGCCGGAGCGCAGCCAAAGCGGUGGCUCCGGGGCUGCCUCGAGGCAGAGCUGUUCCCCCUGCGCCAGGGCUCGCGGGUAGCGGGGCUGAACCCAGCGGCAAGAGCUGCUGCUCCUGGCAACGGCCAUUCGCUGCUGGUUCUCCUGCGCUCAGCCUGCGGCCUGGCGGGCAGAGAGCCCCACGCAGAGCGGGUUUGUUCUGCGCCGCUGUGAAGGAGCCGAGGGGCAUUGUCUUGGUUUAGAUAAACCCCAGCUUGUUGGGAAAGGGGAGUGCAACCCUCGGGAGAUUCAGUGCCGGCCUGGAGAAUUGCUGGUGGGGUUUGAUCCUUCAAUGCAGAAUUGCAUCACCCCGUGUGAGGGAACCUCCAGAGGGGGUCUGGGGCGCCUCUGCUUCGCAGGAGCCGUCAGGAUCUGUGGGGUUGGAAGAUGCCACCCAAGUGUUUUGGUGAAGGUGUGGAGUCACCCAGUGCUGCGGGGUGAAAGGGAGCUGAGUUUAGGGGGUUUCUUCUUUUCGUUUGGGGUGUGGGUUUGUUUUGGCCUGUGUAGGAUUUGCCUUUAGACUCGCCGAGAAACCGCGGCUGCAUUCCCGCUGCCUGCGAUUUGCUCUUGGAAUGUUUCUUCGACAAAAUCAACUAAAACUGCAGGAAAGCUUGCCUGGAAACAAGCCGAGCCUUCAGGAGAACUGCGAAGCGUGACAGCAGCUGAGGUGGUGCCUGGAUGCGUUCGCUUUCUCCAUCUUUCAUUUCUAACCAAAAGGAACAAUAUUUGAAGGGUAAUUCAGAGGUGAAAGCCUGCGUACUUGACCACCCGCCUCCUACGGGCUGAGCGGAGCCAGACCCGCGACUCCACAGCAUCAGCAUCUUCACAGCUUUAAAAAUAUCCCGUUUGCCUUCAA